AUGAAUGACCAAAUCCAAGUGAAGCGUGAGGAGGUGUCGGCGACAACACCGUCGUUCCUACCCGAUCUUCCAGUGUCUGUUGAAGCGGGAAAUGAGGGGACAUCCAGAGUUACCCUGGAAGAUGUAGUCAAUAGUCCAGGAAUAAUCGAGAGAAUUGAACAGCUAGAUCUGCUCCUUUUGCAAAUAUCCAGGACGAAACAAAUCCAAGGAAGGAAUAUUAACGAUGAUGCCAAACUACUCAGAUCGCUCAUCAGGUCUGACAUGACUCAAAUUCAAGUUAAAGUUGCUGAACUGCUAGACAAGUACAUAAAGUAUGCAGAGGAUGAAACACAUGACAGAAUAAAGAAUGCAGAUGCACUCUUUAAAUUCUACAAAAUAAUACACGAGGACAUUUGCACGUAUCUCCUGCCAAACAUCAAAGCGGCUGACUUUUGCACGAAUUUCCUCUGUAAUAUAAUAUCGGUCUGUUCAUCCAAAGAGACGUUUCUUUCGAUUAUAAAGCUCUUUCAAAAAACUAUAGAUGGAAUUAUCGGCUCAAACAAGGCUGGAAGGGAGCUUCCAAGCGAAAAUGCACGAAUAGUCAUUGGAGUCAUGAAGGCUUUGCUAUCUGUAACAAAGGCGUUUGGAUCUCCCCCUGCUCCUCUACAACUCUUGUGCAAGAUGUCGGCCUCUGUUAUAAAGUCUACAAACAUACACCUGUGCCGUCUCUAUAGCUACAACAUUAUCGCGUUUCUCUUGAGAAACGUUACAGAUGACGCAGUGAUCACAAGCUACACUUACGGGCUAACCACUUCACAAGUUCAGCAUGUUACGGCACUAAUCAAGGAAUCAAGCAGUUGGAAUGAUGUUUGCAAUUGGAAGUUUAAGUAUUCUGAUAAAGUAUGCGAUUCGCCAAUACAAGGUGAUGCAGGAUCCGUAAAUAUGGAACCCGAUGAUGAAGUUUUGCCCCUCACUCAAUCAGAUUUUGAAUAUUCCCAGAGUCAGGUCUGUAGUCAGAUUUCUGUGCAGAGUCAACCUACUCAGGAGCAAAGUUCGCAGGUCUCGAAAUCUGCUAGAAGUGGAAAGAAGCUUACGCCAACUGCAAACGAUACGACUUGUGAAUCUAAUGACGGAUGGAUAAAAGCUCUGAGUGCCAAAUUUGAUAAAAAGAGGGGAAAUGAUGGAAAGCCAAUAGUCAUUGAUAAAAACGCAUGGAAGGGUAAAUUGGAGGUUUUGGAGAAAGCCAUCAAAGAGAUUGGAAAAUGCAAUGGAGAAUUGCGUAUUUCAUCGCAUCCACAACUGUUAUCUGUAAUGGAGAAUAUAUUCAAGUUUGAAUCUGCAAUUCCUGUGGUCAUAAAUGGGCUAACGCUAUUCACACUUGUGAUGAGACGUUCGGAACCAGACUUUAUUUCAGCCACGAAAUCUCAAAGUUUGGCAGAUUUGGUCUUUGAGAAGCUCAAGGAGAAUAAUAAAAAGGUUAGGGACGCGGCAAUUUUUGCAGUUGAAGAAAUUAUAAUGAGAUGUAAACCAGUUGUAAUUCUUGAAUCGUUCAAAAGGGCGCUCGCACACAAGUCUCCAUCAUGUAGAGAAACUGCGUGUAAUAUUAUAAAUGGAAAGGGUAUCAACAUAGGAAGCGAUGAAAGGCUAGUUUCCAAACUUUCCGAGUGCUCAGAAGGGCUGAAACCCCUCGUUGAAGAGCUUGCCAAUGAUAAGAUGAUCAAGGUAAAAUCUGCGUCCACACUAGCAUGCAAGGUUUUGGAAAAUUUUGAACUCUUUAAACAAAAUGUUCCAGAACCAACAAGGGACAUUUUGGCAUCUCAAGAGAAAGGAUCACAUGGAAAUGAUAAGGGAGUGGCAAACAAAAGGCGCCUAAAUGUCACUGCACCUAGUGGCUCCAAAAGGAGGAAUUUGAGAAUGGCAUCUCCGGCCUCCAACCAACCAAGUUCUCAAGUUGAACCAAUAUGUGAUGAGCAAAGGACACCCAUUCAUUCCUCAACCCAAGAGGAAUUGCCAAUAGUACCUACACAGUCUGUGGAGGAGACAAGCUCCGCAGAGGCUGAAGCUGUAAAUGCACCAGAGGAAUGCACUGUGAGAGAGGGGCCCCUGGAAAAAGUGGAUAGAGAAAUCAUAGAAAAAAUCACGAGGGGAGCCACCGAUAAGGGAGCUCUUGUAGAGGGAUUAUGUGGGCUGUGUACGUGGAUUAAUCAGCAUCCGGACGAUGCAAAGGAGAUGGAUCAUCACUUGUUAAAGCUCGUGGGUGAAUAUACAGAUGGAUAUAAACUUGCCCUGGGUGAUGGUAAUGUGACCUUGUCGCUCUUUUUCCAACAUCUAAUAGGCUUGGACUUGUCUAAACAGGGCUUUGAAUAUUUGUUGGAGCUUUUGGCCAAAACAAUUGACCUUUGUCCAAACUUUAUAUUCAGUGCAAUCUUAUGCUCACAUAACCAAGGUGUCGCCAACAAACUCUUUUGCGAUCCAAACAGGACUUGUGAAUUCUCAGACCAUUCAUUUCCUAUUCCCUAUUCUGCUGAUUUAUCAAUCCACCAGUACGCCAAUACCAGCAUUAGAGUGGAUAGACACAUUGCAACUCUGGUUCUCCUGAAAAAUCAUAGCCUUGUCAAUCUAAUCAUUGAUGAACCAAUACUGGCCAGGAUACUAAACUACUGUGCCCACUUUGCGUCACAAUCUAUAGAGCCAUACAAAAAGCUUUCAAUGGAUGUCUUGUCAAAUCUAGAAAAGAGAACAUCUCCGGAGCAUGUUUCAAGACUAUUGGAUCAAAAAUAUCAUGAUAUGCUCAAGGGGGAUAGUGGUGAUACUCUAAACAUUAGUCAUGCGCUUAAGCUGGCUCACGUGGAGGCAGGCUUAGAGCUUGAAAAGAGUAUAUCAAAAGAUCUCUACUUGUGUAUGUUUCAAGAGGGAAAUUUGGAAAAUCGCAAGAGAUCAUGUCUCUUUUGGAAGGCCUUUGUUCAAAAGCGCAAUGAUCGAUCAGAAUCUAUGCUCUUUGGUGAUGGGAAUAUUCUUGGCGAACUUGUUAUUUGGCUUUGCCAUACUCUGUUUGAGGAAAAGGUCUCAAAGGUAGUUUUGGAGAUUUUAAAUUUGUUGAUUAGCUUGAUUGAGGAAAGAGAUGUUGUUUUGGGACAAAAUGAAAGUUUUCUCCUCAUUGAGUCGCUCUGUAGCUAUAAUGGGAAAUAUAAGAAACGUUCCUCCGACUUAGUUCCAAGGGCAAUUGGAAGAUGCACAAUUUCUGUACCCCUUGUAGAAUGUAUAUUUAAAGCGUUUGAAGCUGGUAACAUGCAGGAAGCGUUUAAAGAGAUCAUUCACGACAUCUCCAAGAGCUGCAAAGGAAACCGUGUUGUCACGUGCUACAUUUUGCUCAAGCUUGAGACUUGCACUAUUGAUCCACAAACAUCUCAAGAGCUGCUAUCGAGCAUUACAAGCAUGGUUAGCCCAGGAGUCUCCACUAAUGGGAAUGGUCAUACUGAGAAUGACUCGGAGGUGCAUUUUGAAGGUGUAUGUAAUGGGCAAGCAGCGAGUACGAUUGAGGCAAAAGAAAAUGUAGCCGAAUCUCCGAGUCGUCUUGAAUCUCCAAAAGGUGCUACGGUGGAAGAGGAAGAGGAGGAAAAGGCGGAGCUGUCACAUAAAGAACUCGUCUACAAUCCGCCAAUCUACGAAACGUGCAAAUUCUUCAAUAUUGAAGAAAUAUCAGAGGAGCCAUCUAGAAUAGCCUCGAUAAAUGUGGAUCCAGAAAUUUCAAGUCUUGAUGUUGCAGAGUCUCUAGAGUCGAAUUUGGGUCAAUUUGAAGACGUCUCUGAACUACCCAUUCCUGAUCCAGAACCCAUCGAGCAAGAAUCGAGAUCAUCCAUAAACGUGGCAACCUCAACAGAAAUCAUUCAGUCUCUAGACCAGGAAACUAGUGCAAGAGUUGAAACGGAGGAUGAGAAGGCGGACUCGUUAGAAACAUCUCCAGUGCAAAAUAUGGAACUCGUGGAUAGCAUAUACACACUUGAAAGCAGUGGAGAUACGGAAACGCUAGAAGCAUGCACUCCACAAACAUCUGGAGCUCCUCUAGAGUGCACAAUUACAGAAUCCAUCGAAACAUGCCAAAGACUAUCUCGUGAAAUUAUACGCCACAGUUUGCCUCCAAUUGUUACACAAGACUCCAAUGAGGAAACGGAAAAUAUACAAUUGGAAUUGGACCCUAUAGAGCAAACACACAGAGAGUCGAUACCCCAAGAUACACAAUGGAACACACUAGAGACAAUGAUAGAUCAUUGUUCAACCAUUACAAACGCUUGUUUGGCCUCAAAUUUCAAAAAUCAACUACCAGGAAUUGGUGAGCCCAAAAAUGUGUGUACUGUUCAUGGACUAAAAAUCAAGGAGAUGCUAAAGAAUGAGGAGAAUAUCCAAAAGACACUAGCUCCCAUACUAGUGGACAUGUGUCAUUCCAGCAUAAUUUCCCUCUGCAAGUCUAUAGACAGGACACUAGCAUCAGAAAACUUGUCCAAAUCAUUUUCAAGCGUUGAUGAAUGCAAGAAUGUCGACGAAAUAUCGGAUGUUAUAAAUGCCCUUGUCAUUGUUCUCGAGGUCUUCGAAAUCGUAACAAGUCCAAGUCUCUCACUAAAGAGUAGUCUAUUGCUACCAUUUUGCAAUGUCAUCAUUCAGUGCCUUGCACUGCCAAAAGGCUGCUUUGACAAUGUAAGUUUAAUCAAUGAUUAG